UUUCAUCUCAAUUUCAGUGGGAAGCCUUACUCUCUCUUAUGUUUUCUUCGUUUUGGUAGCAUCAACGCUAAUGGACGUUGAAGCUACUGUGCUGUGCUUCGUUUGUGGUUUUGAUUUGGCUAUGGAGGCUGUGUUGGGACCCUUGAUCUUUUUCUCCUCAAUCUUUGCGACCUAGAUUUGUUGAGUUUCAUUCUUCUAGCGUGGAUUGAGAUCUGUUAACAGUCGCUUAUUGAAGCAUGUGUGGUGGUCCGGAGAGAUCAAAAUCAUCAUCUAGCACAUCUCCAUCUGCGGUUGAAGCCUCACCUAAAUCUGACUCCAAAGACAUGAAUAAUAGUACUGUUAAAAAUGACAAUAGGUUUUCUUGCAUACUGGAACUUGCUGCUGACAAUGAUUUUGAAGGCUUCAAGCAGUCAAUAGAGCAAGAUCCGUCAUUGAUCAACGAAUUUGGACCCUGGUAUGGCCGCCAAAAGGGCUCUAAACAAAUUGUUCUUGAUCAUAGAACUCCAUUAAUGGUUGCUGCCACUUAUGGUAGUCUCGAUGUUCUCCAGCUAAUACUCUCUUACUCUGAGGCUGAUGUAAAUCUGAGUUGUGGCCGGGACAAUACCACCUCACUUCAUUGUGCUGCUUCUGGUGGAUCCAUCAACGCAGUUGAUGCUGUUAAGCUGCUUAUCACCGCCGGUGCUGAUACAAGUUGUGUGGAUGCAAAUGGUCAUCGUCCAGUUGAUGUUAUUUUGGUGCCUCCAAAACAACUAUGCAUGAAGGUUGGACUUGAGAAACUCCUCUCAGACAAUGCUUCUGAUUGUGCUAUUGGAGGGUGCAAUUUACGUGUUUCCAUUAGCACCUCAAAUUCUAGCUCUCCGACCCUUUCAUUGUCGAUGGAAAAUGGGUCGCCACCUUCUCCUUCAGAUCUUAUAUCUUCUCCGAUCGCCAUGAAAUUCAACGACUUGCCUAUUAGCUCUGCAUCAGAGAAGAAAGAGUACCCUAUUGAUCCAUCAUUCCCUGACAUCAAGAACAGCAUCUAUGCUACUGAUGAUUUCCGUAUGUAUUCUUUCAAGGUUCGCGCUUGUUCCCGUGCAUAUUCCCAUGAUUGGACUGAGUGCCCUUUUGUCCACCCUGGAGAAAAUGCCCGCCGCCGAGACCCUCGGAAGUAUCACUACAGCUGUGUUCCUUGCCCUGACUUUCGCAAAGGGGCUUGCAGGCGCAGAGACAUGUGUGAAUAUGCCCAUGGAGUGUUUGAGUGUUGGCUGCACCCUGCACAAUAUCGAACUCGACUCUGCAAGGAUGGUACCAGUUGUAACAGAAGGGUGUGCUUCUUUGCGCACACAGCCGAGGAGCUUCGUCCCCUGUAUGUAUCUACCGGAUCGGCUGUCCCUUCGCCACGGGCAUUGGCCUCUGCUGCUAGCGUCAUGGACAUGGCUACUGCAUUGAACCUUUUGCCUUGUUCCCCUGUCUCUGCCAUGUCUCCUCCUCCAUUUGCUCAAUCCAUGUCUCCAUCAGCAAAUGGCAAUUCUCACCCAUCCGGAGCAUGGCCCCCACCAAAUGUACCCACGCUUCAUCUUCCUGGAAGCAACUUUCAAUCCAGUCGCCUCAGAUCUUCCCUUAGUGCCCGAGAUAUUCUUCCUCCUGAUUUCAACAUGUUAUCCGAUUAUGAGGCUCAGCAACAUAUGCUAAAUGACUUUAACUGUUUCUCACAGACCCGCAACAAUGCUACGUCUGUCAUUCGUUCUGGUUGGUCCAAAACGCUAACAUCAAACCUUGAGGAGUUAUUCUCCAGUGAAGUUUCUCCGUCUCCCAGAUAUGCUGAUCAGGCUGCUGGUAUUUUUUCCCCAACGCAUAAGUCGGCUGUUCUUGGUCAGUUUCAACAGCAACAGACCUUGUUAUCACCAAUCAAUACUAGUGUGUUCUCACCAAAGAAUGCGGAGAACCCUCUGUUGCAGCCUUCAUUUGGUGUUGGAUCUCCUGGUAGGAUGUCUCCUAGGAGUGUGGAGUCUAUGUCUCCUAUGGGAUCUAGGCUUUCGGCAUUUUCCCAGCGUGAGAAGCAGCAGCAACAGGUUCGCAGCCUAAGCUCAAGGGGUCUCGGAUCGAACAACCCAGUCUCUGUUGGAUCAUCUGCAAAUUCUUGGUCGAAAUGGGACUCCCCAAAUGGAAAAGUUGACUGGUCGGUCAAUAAAAAUGAGCUGGGUGUGUUAAAAAGGCCAUCUUCCUUUGAGAUUGGAAAUGACGGCGAGGAGCCUGAUCUGUCAUGGGUCCAAUCUCUAGUCAAGGAAUCACCGCCUGAGAUGAUGAGAGAGAAGUUGGCGGUUCUGGGCAGUGCUGCACCACCAUCUUCUGGUGAAGGUCUGAACCCUAGCUCUCUGAUUGAUUCUGUUGAUAAUGCUGUCAUAGAAUCUUGGCUUGAGCAGAUGCAGAUUGACCAGCAGCAGCUUGUAGUCUAGUGAAAGUGGAUUUUUUUCAUCAUAUCAAGAGAGGUGAAAAUUUCCUGAGGUACAUACUCUUUUUUUGUGGUUUUUUGUUCAUGAGGAAGUGAAUUCAAGAAGGUAAGCGCGUAAGUUUUGAAGAGGGUCAUCAGAGGGUAAAGAACAAGUUGAAAAAUUCAGGAAACUAUUCAAAUGUUUUUUUUACCAUUUGUUGUCACAGAAGAAUUCAUCAAAGGGUGAAGAAACCUUCCUGGGCUAUAUCAAAGCUACUCAGUCCAAGUUUGGUUUUUUUAACUUGCUUUUAGGAUCAUUUUUUUACUGUGAUUUCCUGAGCGAAGAAGAACGCUUCAUGUUUCAUUACAAAUGAAACCAAAGAGCCUUUUAUUUAGUCUCAUUUUCUUCAACUUUACUUGCUAGAUGUAUUAACUGUGAUUAAACAAAGGAAUGUGCGGGGAGGGUUAAUUUGCUAUUCUAAUGAUGUAUUCCAUUUAAAAAUGUUUUAUUGUUGGGUUAUUGGAUGAUGCAAUACAGGAUUAAAUAUAUUAUUUCAAUACCUUUA